AUGCUCUCACCACAGUUUAUCCUUCUAUCCAUCAACCUCUUUAUAUCUUUCGGCCUAUGCCUCUGGCCACACCCUAGAGAAUUCACAUCAGGUUCUUCGGUUCUCUGGGUAUCAUCUCAGCUCAACAUCCAAACCUCUUCUGGCAAUGCGACGACUGGGCGGUACUCUCGCGGAUCAAUGUAUGUGGCUCUGGCUGGUUCCUGGAGAUACCUUGUUUCUCAAACAUUUGGCCUCAGUGAUAACGUGUCGAUACCAACCAACUCUUUCUCCGAGCUAGAGAUACUCCAAUCGGCCAUUCAACGUACGCAAAAGACAAUCACCUCAACCAGAUUUGUCCCAUGGAAAUUCUACUCGAAAACGACAGAUUUUGAACCCGAUUCAUCUGCAUCCAAUCAAACUCUUACCACGGUCAAGAUCUGCCAAAGUAAUGCGGCAAAGGGGACCAUCUCAGCAAAAGACUUCUUCAGUGGUGAUGAGUCUUAUACCAUUACCAUUUCUGAGAGUGGCGCGGCAGACAUCAAGAGCAAUUCCACACUGGGAACGAUACGAGCAUUGCAGACAUUCGAGCAGCUCUUCUACGCCUACUCCGAUUUAUCAAGAGUCUAUACACCACUAGCUCCCAUUUCGAUCGUCGACAGUCCAAAGUGGCCGCAUAGAGGCUUGAACCUUGAUAUAUCUCGCAACGUAGUCAGUCCUACAGACGUGAUGCGCACGCUUGAUGCCAUGUCCACUUGUAAGAUGAGCCGUCUCCAUCUUCAUGCCACUGAUGCACAAUCAUGGCCGAUCGAGAUACCCUCUCUGCCAACAUUGGCGGAGAAAGGAGCCUACCGUCCAUAUUUGACAUGGUCACCAGAGGAUUUGCGCGUAGUCCAGUUCUAUGGAUUGCAAAGAGGAAUCUCGGUUUUCUUGGAAAUCGACAUGCCAGGCCACACUGGUUCAAUCGCCAACGCUUUUCCCCAGCUAAUUACUGCAUAUAAUGAAACCGACUGGUCGACCUUUGCAGCAGAGCCUCCUUCAGGGUCGUUGAAGCUCAACUCCCCUGCCGUGUACGACUUUCUGGGAACUCUUUUCUCUGAUCUGCUUCCGCGAGUAUCGCCUUACACCACAUUCUUCCACAAUGGUGGAGACGAGGUCAACAGGAAUGCUUUCCUGCUCGACGAUACUGUCCAAUCGAACUCAUCUGAUGUUUUACAACCUCUGGUUCAAAAAAUAAUGAGCUACGUGACCGGCAUGGUACGCGAAGCAAGGCUGACACCGAUCGUUUGGGAAGAAAUGCUUGUUGACUGGAACUUGACCUUCCCCUCUGGCAGUAAAGAUAGUUCUGCUACUGUCCUUGUCCAAGUCUGGAAAGAGGCGUCAACCCUGCAAACUGUUCUCCAGAAAGGGUACCGCGCAUUGUUCGGCGACUAUCAUAACUGGUACCUUGAUUGUGGUCACGGCGGAUUCAUCAACCCCUAUCCAUCUGGCGUGUCUCCACCCAGUAUACCUUACAGUACCUCUGGGGGAGUGCCCACCAUAAUCCAGGAUCCAUUCCUCGAUUAUUGCACUCCGAUGAAGAAUUGGCGGCACAUCUAUGUCUAUGAUCCAUUAGCAAACAUCACAGCCGACGUUCAACACCUCAUCGAAGGUGGCGAGGUCCAUAUGUGGAACGAGCAGACUGAUGCAGUCAAUUUGGAUUCCAGAGUCUGGCCGAGAGCAGCAGCAGCAGCAGAAGUCAUGUGGUCUGGGCCACGCAACGCGAGUAUGAUUGAAGAUGCGUCACGAAGACUCGCUGAUUGGAGAGAACGGGCUGUGCUUGACUACACUAUUCAAAGUGCUAUGGUUCAAAUGACAUGGUGUCUGAUGGAGGGAGGAUGCAAUCUGUAG